AUGUCGCUGGAUGAAAUCUGCUGGAAGCUGCUGCUGUAUCCGUGGUUGGUGAAGCUUGCCCCUUGGAAGGGGCCGUGUUUCCAUCACUUCAAGACCACGACGCCAUUUCCGUACAUCACGCUGCCGUUCAACUACACGUUCCCACCGCCGACAUCGUCCACUCCGAUUCCGUUUACUCCGUUAACGAGUCCUGGGUUAACGUUCAGCACUGCAGCUCCCACAACUAGUACCAUUCCAACAACUACUACCACCACGGCUGCUGCUACUACCGUUACGGGGCCACCACUGACUUCCACUACCUUCCUAACCACUCCUCCGUCCGUGACUGUUACGGUUGUUCCCACUGGUUCCACGCAAACCAUCCCAAUUCCCACGGUCACCUCGACGACUCCUAGUAGUAACACCGGGACCACCGUGACAUCGGCUACCGGCACUACCUUCCUAACGAUCACUAAUCCGCCCUUAACCUCGUCUACUUCCCUGUUCCCGACCGUCACCUUUACUAAUCCCACAACAACGGCGGGGAACACGAUUCCCGGUGGUGGGCUCACUUCGACUCUGGGGCCCAUCACAACCAUCACGGGAAUAUCGCCUCUGCCAACGUUCCCAACGUUCUUAUCGACGAUUAAUCCGCCUACUCUAACGAGCGCCACCAUCACCAGUACGACACCCUGUCCCCCUGUCCCCGUCACUUGUCCUCCUUCGCUGCUAACUUCCACCACGUCCGGUGGCCAAACAGGCAUCGAUCCACGGCAGCUCUACAACGGUUGCCCGUGCAUAGAUCCAAGGGCCCUACUGGUAUCCAGCAACGACAGCUGCGCCACGCCGAACGGCCAGCAGGGUAUCUGUAUCGUGUACGGUAACUGCGACUUCAUCCUUCAGCUGCUGACCCGGAACGCCAACCUGUACGAUCCGGCGAUCGAAAGCUACGUGGCGCAAUCGAUCUGUGGCUACAGUGACACCACGCCCAUGGUGUGCUGUCCAACGUUACGGUUCGCUUUGGCGACCACGGCGAUCGCGACGGCGACCACCACCACCACACCGGGAGGGUCGCUAUACUUCAGCAACAAUCCUACCCCGCCCAGCAGCAGCAGCAGCCCCACAGCAGUCCCGACCGGUGCCGUGAAGCUUCCGGUGAACGAUUUGGAUCGGUGCGGCAUGUCGAACGCAUCCCAUCUGCGCGUCGUCGGUGGUGUCGACGCGCAACUGAACGCCUGGCCGUGGAUGGCCCUACUCGGUUACCGGUCGGCGUCGUUCGAUCUAAACUCCGGCCCACGGUUCCUGUGCGGGGGCACACUGAUCACGACCAGUCACGUGCUCACGGUAGCCCACUGCAUCCAGGGCGGGCUCUACUUUGUCCGGCUCGGUGAGUACGAUCUCAGCUCCGACCAGGACGGGGCCAGCCCGAUCGACGUGUACAUUCAGCGGUGGCUCGUGCACGAGCGCUACGACGAGAAAACCAUCCACAACGACCUGGCGCUCCUGUUGCUGCAGAAGACCAUCGCCAUCACCGACGCUAUCCGGCCGAUCUGCUUGCCACUGGACAGCCGGCAGCGCACGAAGGACCUCACCUACUACGCCCCGUUCAUAGCCGGCUGGGGUGCGGUAUCGUUCAACGGGCCCACGGCCUCGAAGCUGCAGGAAGCGCAGGUGGUCGUACUUCCGCUCGAUCAGUGCGCCUUCAACUACAAGCUGUACUUUCCCAACCAAGUGUUCGACGAUACGGUGCUGUGCGCCGGGUUUCCCCAGGGGGGCAAGGACUCCUGCCAAGGAGAUAGCGGUGGACCCCUAAUGCUACCGGAGCUCUCGACUGGUGGGCAAUACUAUUACUACACGCUCAUCGGACUCGUCUCGUACGGCUACGAGUGUGCCCGGGCCGGGUUUCCGGGUGUCUACGUGAAAGUGGCCGCGUACAUUCCGUGGAUCGAAGCUAACCUCAACUUCUUUGGCCGAUCCUGCUAUACCCCCAAUGGUCAGAUAGGCGUGUGUCAGGUGUUUCAGAACUGCGGGUCCCUGAUCCGGCUGUAUCAGUUCAACCGCAACCAGCAGACGAUCAAUUUCCUGCUCGCUUCCCAGCGAAGCUGCGGCAAUCGCAACUCCAACGGGAACCCGGUCCUCUGCUGCAGUGACGGUGUGCAGUACGACCAAACUACUACCUCGUCUCCUUUUGUAGAGGUCACGACCGCGCCGCCGCCGCCGCCACCGACGACACCGGCCCCUCAGCGUACCGCGGACUGUAUCGGACCGAACCAACUCGAAGGCAACUGCGUCAGUAUUCGCAACUGUCCCGAGGUGCUGAGUGAGUUUUUGGCGCGCCAGAGUGACCCGACCUACGUGCGCUACAUCCAACAAUCGAACGCGAUCUGCAACUACGUCCAGCCGUUUGUCUGCUGUCCGACUCAGCGGGCCCCGACGGUUCCACCGGCACCGCCUGCACCACCGACCGAGCCACCGGCACCCGUUACUCCCGCUCCCACACAGGCACCGCCGCCACCACCACCACCGCCACCGCCGCCAGCACCGGCAUCGCCGGACAGUGCGGCCAGGCUUCUGACACCCGAGACGGGCUGUGGCUUCAGUCAGGUCGAGCACAACCGAGUGGUCGGCGGAGUGCCGGCCGCCCUCAACGGGUGGCCCUGGAUGGCACUCGUCGGCUACAAGAAUGCCCUUGGCGAGGUGUCCUUCAAGUGUGGUGGCUCCCUUAUCACCAAGCGUCACGUGCUGACGGCGGCCCACUGCAUUCGCAGCGAUCUCUCGUCCGUGCGCCUGGGAGAGUACGACACGUCCACGGACGCGGAAACUAAUCACGUCGACGUUCCUGUAACACGGUAUGAAACGCACCCGUCGUACGAUAAGAAGGACGGUCACACCGAUUUGGCGGUCCUGUUCAUGGCGUCGGAGGUCCAGUUCAGUGAUGCCAUCAAGCCGAUCUGUUUGCCCUUGACGGAAACGAUCCGCAGCAGGGACUUCACCGGCUACACCCCGUUCGUGGCUGGGUGGGGCCGUACGCAGGAGGGCGGCAAGUCGGCCACCGUGCUGCAGGAGCUACAGAUUCCGAUCAUCACCAACGACGAGUGCCGCACGCUCUACACCAAGAUCGGCAAGGUGUUCUCGCCGAAGCAGUUUGACAGCGCGGUCAUGUGUGCAGGACGGAUCGAGGGUGGCCAGGACUCGUGCCAGGGUGACAGUGGGGGGCCGCUGAUGCUGCCCCAGCGUACCGGAACCGAGUUCUACUACUACCAGGUGGGCAUCGUUUCGUACGGGAUCGGGUGUGCACGGGCGCAAGUGCCCGGUGUCUACACCCGUGUGGCCACGUUCGUCGACUGGAUCCAACAGAAGGUGGCCGAGCCACUGUAGG